AUGAAUAUGUGUGGGAAUACCCCAUUUAGAGUUCAAAUAAUAAAAGAAACAGUGGCUAUGAAGACACAACAAAAUAAAGAUACAUUUAGUAUGGUUAAGAAAAUCCUGAAAGGUUCAUUCCAAGAAUUCAUUUCAAACGGUACCACACUAGGAAAAAAAGAUAACGAUGAUCCGACGGCGCAUUGUCCUUCAAAGCGCAGCGCUGAGGAAACCGAAGCCGCUCACGAUCUUCUCUCCUUAUCCCAAAGUCUGCCACCUCUACCGGCGCCUAGCGUUGUCAUGAUACAUCAUACCGUAACUCCCGACAACGAUCCUCCGAGUCCGAAACAUAAUUAUCGACCUACGUCACCGGAAACUACCGUACGCCAAGUAAAACCGGAACCAAUAGAAAAACGACACGUAUCUGUGAUCCAACAUGCUCCAGUUUCGCAACCCACACAACCUGUGAUAGUACCCCAACAAGUAGUACUACCGUGCUACACUGCUUCGCCUAUAGUAUACGUGGUACAAGUACCGGCGACGGCGCCUACCCCGCCGAUAUCCGAAUGUUCUUCGGACGUGGAAAACGUGCAGUUGUGUACAAUGGAAAGGCUACAUCAAGACGUCGCCGUGGUACAAGAGCAAACCGAUGAUAUUAUUAUACUUCCGCUAUCGCCGGAACCGGAAACUUCGGAUCAGAAUAACGGUAGAACGACGGUAGCUGCGUCUCAUAUGAAUAUACCCGAUAGGCGGAAAAAGAAGAAUAAAAUGUGUAAUAAGAAUCGAGGAGAAUCGAAUGAAUCGAUCGAGAAUUCGGGGAACGAAUUUGUUUUCGAAACUAGUAAUACAAAGACGAAAUUCUAUAAAGUGGUUGAAGAUGACGAAGAUCAAGAAAUAGACGUAGAAACCACAACAGACGAUCUACAAAAAAACCGUUACGUUUGCGUGGAAUGCGGUAAGCAAUACGCCACGUCGAGCAAUCUUUCGAGACACAAACAAACCCACAGAAGUCUAGAUUCCCAAUCGGCUAAAAAAUGUAUGACGUGCGGUAAAGCUUACGUCAGCAUGCCAGCUUUAGCGAUGCACCUGCUCACACACAAAUUGGCGCACAGUUGCGACAUAUGCGGUAAGCAAUUUUCACGUCCUUGGCUACUCCAAGGUCAUUUGAGAUCGCACACCGGCGAAAAACCGUACGGUUGCGCGCAUUGCGGUAAAGCUUUCGCAGAUAGAUCGAAUUUGAGAGCGCACAUGCAAACGCAUUCGAACGAUAAGAAUUAUAGUUGUAAUAAAUGUCAUAAAACGUUCGCGUUGAAAUCUUAUCUAAAUAAACAUCUCGAAUCUUCUUGUACGAUGUGGGAUUCGAAAACGCAACGGUAUAAAAGGACUGUACACGCUGAAACGCAAACUUUCGCCAUUACCGUCGACUAAACUUGUACGUUUCGUACUUUUUUAUAAGUUCUUAUGAUAUUUUGAAAGAUAUUGAACAAUCUAUUGAGAUUUUAAUAACCAAAAAAGUUUUUUUUCCAAAUUAAAACAUUAGACUUAGAGUGUAUGCUAACUAAAACUCAAUUGUGUUAAAAAUGCUCAAUCACACACCAUUUUUUGCAACUUUACCUACAUUUAUUCCCUAUAUUGGACUAAAACAGUAGUGGAAGUAAUUUAUAUGUAUAACAAAAUUAAAAGCAAUAAGGUUUGGUAAAGAAGACUGUGAAAUGUGCCUUGCGAAGUGGCUAUAGCCACUAAAAUUGAUGAUAGAAUAGGAAAAUUGAAGAACAAGACUCAUUUUCAUCGAUUUGAAACACUGAUACGAAAUUAGAAUCAAAGAAAAUUCGUAAAAGAAACUGAAGAGGAAAAUAUAGUUUUUAAUUUCAUCAUGUAGAUCCAUUUAUAGUUCGACAAACACAAUAAUUUAUGAACCAUCGUUAUUCGGGAAUACCCAAGGCUGCUAAAAAUCGAGAUACGAGGUUUGUAUGAAAAGUUUCCGACCUAACAAAGAAGCAAAACUUCUUUUGAGUCUAUACAGUAACCAAGUUCGUGCUGGUCCAGGAGACAGGGUUUUGUUACCGCCCUUCAUUUAUAUUUGCUGCUAACUCUACGCACCAACUGACCUCUGGGGGUGCGCGUAUGGUGGUGAGAACGAGAAUUAAUUGGGUGUCGUCAACUAUGUCGGAUUAGAAAGUAAGUCCAGUGAAAGCACGAUGAUACCAACUUCAUUUAAAGUUAUAGUAAGUUUUGUGCCUUCUAUCUUUGUUUUAAACAUUUAUAAAUAGUUAAAUUUUUGUUUCUACAACGUUUUAUGUUGGUAUGCAAGGUUUUUCAAGUUCUCUUUUUUAAAUAUUCAUGAACUUUUAUGUGUGGAUAUUCCUUUUCAAAUAUAAGCUGUUGGUUUUCUCUUCAAAAAAUGUUCUGAUGAUAAAUUUUGUUUUACAAUUGAAACUUUGAGGUUAAGAACUACUAUAGAGUCGUUAGCACCAGAUCUAGUGAAUAUGUUCAGUGGUUAAUCAAUCCACUUAAGUAUAAUAGAGUGCGUUCCCCUAGUGUAACAUUAUUGUCUUUUUUUAUUGCUUUUGGUAUUUUUUUUUGUUGAUUCUCCCUCUACAUCAUCAAGCAAUUGGGCUUUUUUGAAUUAUUUUGCAUGAACGGCGUCAAUAUUCGUUCGAAUGCACUUUUGAUUCUAGGUAAGUGCAUACCAAAUGUGCUUCUUCAUUGCAGAUUAGCCACUUUCUAUAUUAUAAUAUCUUAGAUUGAGUUUGGAAACUGUUGAAACAAAUCUUGUAUAAUGAUUUAAGUCACAAGGGACUGUCAAGUUUAUAGAAAGAAAAUGAGAAAUUGCCUAAGAAAAUGUCUAUUUUUUUUCUAAAAGAAGCGGGCCUCACAUCAACCCUUUCAAAUAUUAUCUGCUAGUUUUCUCUUCAAAAAAUGCGUUUUUGUAUACGAUAAUCUUCUGAACAACUCUCGUAUAAUGAUUUAAGUCACAAGGGGCUGUCCAAUUUAUAAAAAGAAAAUGAGGCAUUGCCUAAUAAAGUCUAUUUUUUUUUCUAAAAGAAGCGGGCCUGACAUCAACCCUUUUAAAUAUUAUCCGCUAGUUUUCUCUUCAAAAAAAGCGUUUUUGUAUACGAUAAUCUUCUAAACAACUCUCGUAUAGUGACUAAAGUCACAAGAGACUGUCCAGUUUAUAGAAAGAAAAUGAGGAAUUGCCUAAAUAAGUGUCUAUUUUUUUUUUCUAAAAGAAGCAGCCCUGACAUCAAUCCUUUCAAAUAUUAUCUGCUGGUUUUCUCUUAAAAAAAUGCGUUUUUGUAUACGAUAAUCUUCUAAACAACUCUCGUAUAGUGACUUAAGUCACAAAAGACUGUCCAGUUUAUAGAAAGAAAAUGAGGAAUUGCCUAAAUAAGUGUCUAUUUUUUUUUUCUAAAAGAAGCAGCCCUGACAUCAAUCCUUUCAAAUAUUAUCUGCUGGUUUUCUCUUAAAAAAAUGCGUUUUUGUAUACGAUAAUCUUCUAAACAACUCUCGUAUAGUGACUAAAGUCACAAGAGACUGUCCAGUUUAUAGAAAGAAAAUGAGGAAUUGCCUAAGUAAGUGUCUAUUUUUUUUUCUAAAAGAAGCAGCCCUGACAUCAAUCCUUUCAAAUAUUAUCUGCUGGUUUUCUCUUAAAAAAAUGCGUUUUUGUAUACGAUAAUCUUCUAAACAACUCUCGUAUAGUGACUAAAGUCACAAGAGACUGUCCAGUUUAUAGAAAGAAAAUGAGGAAUUGCCUAAAUAAGUGUCUAUUUUUUUUUUUCUAAAAGAAGCAGCCCUGACAUCAAUCCUUUCAAAUAUUAUCUGCUGGUUUUCUCUUAAAAAAAUGCGUUUUUGUAUACGAUAAUCUUCUAAACAACUCUCGUAUAGUGACUUAAGUCACAAAAGACUGUCCAGUUUAUAGAAAGAAAAUGAGGAAUUGCCUAAAUAAGUGUCUAUUUUUUUUUUCUAAAAGAAGCAGCCCUGACAUCAAUCCUUUCAAAUAUUAUCUGCUGGUUUUCUCUUAAAAAAAUGCGUUUUUGUAUACGAUAAUCUUCUAAACAACUCUCGUAUAGUGACUUAAGUCACAAAAGACUGUCCAGUUUAUAGAAAGAAAAUGAGGAAUUGCCUAAGUAAGUGUCUAUUUUUUUUUCUAAAAGAAGCGGGCCUGACAUGAACCCUUUCAAAUAUUAUCUGCUAGUUUUCUCUUUAAAAAAUGCGUUUUUGUAUACGAUAAUCUUCUAAACAACUCUCGUAUAAUGACUUAAGUCACAAGAGACUGUCAAGUUUAUAAAAAGAAAAUGAGAAAUUGCCUAAGAAAGUGAAGUAAGAAGCGGAUUGAAGAAAGAUAUUAAUUAUAUGGUAGAAAUUAUUACUAGCUUGUCAUUACACCCUAUUUAUUCGAUUUAUACAAAAAAAUAUCGUUUGGUAAUUGGAAACUUGAUAGUUUGUUCAAUAUUAAACGAGGUGUGAUGAAAAAAUUAUUUUAUUAAACAAUAAUAUUCCAAAAAUUUUCCUUCAAUGUUUUCAUCAAUUUUUGAUGAUCGUGAUGACGUUUCGAGUAUUAUUCAUCCUCAAUCGAUUGAUUUAAACUUUCAAAUUUCUUAUAUAACUUAACACUU